AUGACAUUGAUACAAUUUGAUUUUUGUAGAACUGAAUAUGAAUUCCUGAGAGAAGGUGAAAAAUUGAAGAGGGAACUGAAGCACCUGUACAAUCUUAAGUGUCUUGAGACCCACAAAAUAGCAGUUAUAUACAUUGGCGAGGACCAGUAUGAUAAGAUGAACAUCCUUUCAAACGAAACCGGAAGUUAUCUUUAUGAUGAUUUUGUUUCCAGACUUGGAACCUUGGUGAAGUUGAAGGAGCACAAAGGAUUCGCGGGCGGGCUGCUCAGGAAUGGUCAGAAUGGAAUUGUUGCGCCUUACUAUUGCACUCCAUCUCUUCUGCAGGUCAUCUUCCACGUUUCUACGCUUCUACAACCCUCCAGCGAAUUUUUUCAAAAGAUGAAACACAUAGGCAACGAUGAGGUGCACAUUGUGUGGUGUGAGUGCAAGAUGGAGUACUCUAGUGAAAUCAUACCCACUAAAUUCGGUGAAGUCACAAUUGUCAUCUAUCCUCUCUAUAAUGCGCUAUUCAGCAUACAAAUCAUCAAGAAGACCAAGACGUGCAUGUUUGGUCCUUUGUGUGACGGAGCUGUUGUUGAUGGUCUGAUUCUUCCUGACCUCAUCCGACUGACCGCCAUCAAUGCUGGGCGGGCACUUCGAGAAAUGAGGAACUUCUACCAAAACUUGUUAGCUUCUAUCUUUUCCAUAUAA